AUGUACAGUAAUAACAGCAAACGUAAAACAGCAAGAGCAUCAAACAGCAGCAACAGCACCAGCAACGACUUUCAGACAACAGGAAACAACAUCAGCAACGUACAGCAACAGUACAACAGCAACAGCAACCAGCAGCACUUAACAGCAACAGCAACGACAGCAAAACCAGCAGCAGCAAAAACAAAACAGGGAAACCAGCAACAACAACCAGCAGCAUUCACAGCAACAACAAUGACAGGAAAACCAGCAGCAGUAAAAACAACAGUAUGGAAGAACCAGCAACAGCAACCAAAAACAUUUAACAGGAACAGCAAAGACAGCAAAAAUCAUCAAAAAACAGCAGCAGCAACCCCUAGCACACCAGCAAGCAAGUAG